AUAGUAAAGAGUGAAGGAAGGAGAGAGAAAAUACGAGUGGCAUAGACGUGAAAAGCACAAGAAGAAGAGACCAAACGGCAGCAGAGUUUUUCUGAGAGGAGAGAGAAACAGUAAGAUAGUGACACACAUACACAAACGAGUCGUCUUCCAUCCUCUUGCUUUUAGGUUUUAGAGAGAAAUUUCUGGGAUUUUAAGGGAAGAGUUUGAGAAGAUUUAUGUCGGCAAAGUCUGAUUUGAUAGUGUUUGGGGCUCCUUCGUUGAAGCUCUUCCAAUUAUAUUACUCAUUGUUUUUUGUUCACUGUAUGCAACUCUGCUGUUCUUCUCAGCAGAGCAACAAUCUCGGAUUUUCAUCAGUUUCGAUGCGUUUGAGGCCUAAAAGGACUUGUUCUGGAGUGGAGUGUUUUGGGGGUUUUCACAUAAAGCGAUUCAUAGCUCUAUUUCUCUUCUUCAGAGGGACUCUCACUUGAUACAACCAUCAUUAAUUUCUCCGAAAAUUUUCUCAAAUUUUCAUCUUUUGUAACUUUUGAAUCUUUGACUAAUUCUUUUUUAAAAUUUAAACCCUCAAUUUUUCUCUGUUUUGCGGGUUUUAACUGAGAAUUUUACCAAACACAAGGCCAAAAUGUCGGACUUUCAGAAUCCUAUGUUGACCCAUAACUCGUUCGACAGUAAACCGAAAUUUGCGGGUAACAGAACUCUACGAAAAGUUCGUGUGAUAUGCUUUGAUCCGGAUAUGACCGAAUCAUCUUCUGAAGAUGAAGAGAGAGUGAUUCGGAGAAAAAGACCCUCUGGGUCGAAAAAGCAUAUUAUCCGAGAGAUUAAUCUGCCUCUAAAUUGCAGUAACCAUUCAGUGGUUGAGACAGAGAGUUCUUGCCAAGACAGUAAAAAUGGUGGCAAAAACCUUGAUAAGAAAAGAAGGGUUUUAGAUAAACCCUCUACCAGAAAACCCUCUUCAUCCAAGUAUAGGGGUGUGAGACAGAGGAAAUGGGGGAAAUGGGCGGCGGAGAUACGAGACCCGAUUCGUGGGGUUCGGGUGUGGUUGGGGACUUACAAUACUGCUGAAGAGGCUUCUUGGGCUUAUGAGCAGAAGAAGCUUGAAUUUGAAGCUCUUGUUGCUGAGAAAAGCCAGAAUGCUUCUUGUUCUGCUGCUACUAUUUCAACAAAUGCUUCACACUCCCAACAAAAACCUGCUCUUUCUGAGGAUUCGGGGAGUACUGUAUCUCACAACUCUCCUUCUUCCGUGCUUGAAAUCGAUACUUCUGCUUCACAGAUGAACAACAAUGCCGGAAAUGGGAAUGACGAAACAAUCCUACGAGAAAAGCCGAGUGCUGUGCCUCUGAAUGAUGUUAAGGAUUGUGACAUUGUUCCUGUUAUGAGCUCAAUUGAAGAAGAAUUUCAAUGUAGUGAAAUCGGGCAAGGUCUUGACUUGCAAAUGGAGCUUGAAUCCUCAUUUGUUUUUGGUGGUUUUGGUGAAAUUUUUGCGGACUUUGAUGUGUUGGAUGAUAUUCAAUUGCGUGGUUUCGAUUGUCAGGGACCUAUCGAUCUUCCUGAUUGUGAUUUUGAUUUGGGAAUCGAGGAACUCGCUUGGAUUGAUGAACCUCGGAAUGUUGCAACAUGCUGCCCAAGUUUUGUAGCAAGUAAUUAGUAGAAGUAUUAGUUAAUCUAUAGGAGUAUUAUAUAGGAAAGUAUGAAGUUUUGAUCACAGAUCUUAAAGGGCUUGAAAUCAUGCUCUUAAGAUUGUAUUUGUCGCUUUUUUUUUGUUCGUUUUCGAGUGAAUGAGUUUAAAUUUUGUUUAUUGAGAGUAUUAAUUAGAGUUGUUAAGAGAGGAAUGGGCUUUUUUGAUGUUGAGAAGAGAAGAAUCGUUUGGGUUUUCCUGUGCUGUUAGAGCAGUCCAUUGAUUCUUCUUCCUCUAGGAAACAAUGCUUAUGAUCCAUGGAUUACGCUCAUGUAUUGAAUCUAAUAUUAUGAGAAUAAAUAUGUUUGAAUUAAACUUA